CCCUCGGGACUUUCCGUACUUUGGGUUUAAACCUGUCAUGGCAGUGGUGAGAUGUUCCUGUUUUUAUGUUUUGGGUAAUUAUUUUCUUGUAGUGUAUAAAAGAUAGGAAAUGGCUGGAGGUUAUUUAAUCACAUUGUACGAGUAUUCGCCACUCUUUUAUAUUAGCGUGGUUUCUUUGUGUUUUGUUGUGACAGCUGCCAUGGUCCUCGGCUGGUUUGGUUUUGAUGUCCCGGUGAUCCUGCGUAGCUCCGAUGACACGGAGUCCAUCCAACCAACACGUGAAAAGCAAAUGGUUCAAGUGACUAAUCCCUUUUCCCUCGAAAUUGGUUCAAGAUCCGCAUCUGUUGCCGAUGGCACGUGGUUGAAGCCAGGUUGUUUGGAGCACUGCAUCUUAAACUGUUUCUGGGGUUGCGAGGUCAGCGCCCUGCAGCGAGCAUUGCAGGCCCACCAGGGUGGCUCCAGGUUCAGCACCCCACAGCAUUUCAAGGAGGCCUUGCAUCGCUUUUAUCAUCACGGCCAGAGCUUCUAUAUCAGCAACGAAGACAGAGAGGAACGCUACACUUGUAUUCCAGCUGAUCAGGGAAUCUCAGAUUUUGGACCAUUACCCAGACGACGCUAUCCUCUCGUGGCUGUGUUGACCUUGGCGGAACAAGAAGCCCGAGACACCUAUGACAUUGUUGCCAGUGUCACCGUAAUUCAUGUACCAGAUGAUAUAUACAACCUGUCUGCAAGGAUCCUCUUCCAGUACCUUCUCACCUCACAAGGGAACAUGUACGAGUUAAAAGCUCUCUUCAUGUCGGCUAAUAUUAGUGGGGAAUCUGGUCAUCCUGAUCCCGACCCGAUUACCCGUCCCAGUGAGACCGAGCAUGAGGAGGAAGAGGCAGCUGCGACGGUGGCGUCAUCGGUAGAGGAUGAGGAGGAAGAAGAUGAUAAAGGCUGGUCAGAUGGGCAGGGCAGAGACUGUGUCGUGUGUCAAAACGCAGCCAUCAACAGAGUAUUGCUGCCCUGCAGGCAUGCUUGUGUGUGCGACAAUUGUGUCUCUCACUUCAAACACUGCCCCAUAUGUCGAGCUUUCAUCCAGGAGUCCUUUGCCCUGACUCUUGGUCCUGCCGUGAACAAUGAACUACAUUACGAGUGAACACUGAACAACUGCCACAACAAAGUCAACCCCAAAGCAAUUAUGUGUCACACUAGCUUAGUUUAUUGGAAUUAUUUUCAACCGUUUAGGUAUUGCUUUUCUAUGAAGAACAUGAAGAUUUACACAUCCUUCCCUGUUGAAUUUUCUUUCAACACUGAAGGGCCACAAGACAUUUUUAGCAAUAUGCUAAUGAAGUUGCUUGCUGGUUUGACUCAAGGCUGUAAUAAUUUAAAAUUUGCUCGAAUUGUAUUUUUGCCACUGAAGAAGAUUGUAGUUGGUGUGUAUUAAUUGUUUUCACAUUUGUGUGAAUAUUUUGUGUAGUUAUUACACAGCAGUGUGAAGGUUUAUGUUUCUCCUUUCUCCAACAGUGCGUUCAUUAGGUAUGAACAUUUGUUUGUCUGCCCCGAAUGAUACCUCGCACCCUAGUAAUUUAGCUGCGAUUAGGUUCCAGCCCCCCUUUGAUCCUAGACAUAAAAAAGGAUGCCUCCUGAAUGUGAAUGUAGGAACAGUUGGUUAAUCCCCCCGUCCAAUUUUUCAAUUCUAAAUUGAAGAGCAAUGGUUAUUUAAUUAUACAUUAUGUUGACGUUGGUGAUCAGAUCCAAAAAUAUGCAUCUUUCAGAUUCACAAGUUUAACUGCUGGGUCUGUUGUAUGCGCUGUUGUUGAAAAUUCAUUGAGAAGGCCAUUUGCACUGAAAACAGUAGAGAGGUUCAGUUAAGUUUCAACAGUUUCAAAUUAACGCCGUCACAUGUUUAUGAAAUAAAAUGUAUUGGAAAAUAA